AAAAUAUUUGUCUUCUUUCCUGAUACUUUCUUGCCAAUCACAGUUUGAUAUGUGUGCAUAUAUUUUUGUUUUUGUUUUUUGUUUUUAAUUUUGGAUGGAUUAUUUUUACAUAUGGGUGAAACUAAGAAGUAGAAAAUAUUCAUAUAAUAUUAGAUUCUAUAUAUAGGGUCGUAACCCCGAUAAAUAUCUCUCUCUCUCUGAUCUCCAUGUCUAUAUAUACAUUCCAAUCAACACAGGCAAACAACCAAUCUCAUUGAGCUCUGAUCUUUUCUCACUCUUACGUUGUUGUUGUUUCUCUCCUAAGACAGUUGCUAAUGGGUGCUCUCGCAGAAGCCUAUAAACACAGCCUCCUCGACAAGCAACCUAUCCCCCUUGACUAUGGCUCUGUCCGAACAUUGCCUGAGUCCCAUAUAUGGCUUGAUCAGUCCGACGAGUCUCCAUAUGUGGCCCACUCCACCGGCCCGAUAUCGCCGCCAGUUAUCGACCUCAUGGAUCCGGAUGCUCCGAGGCUCAUAAUCCAGGCAUGUGAGACAUGGGGUGUCUUUCAACUGAUAGGCCAUGGCAUUCCCACUAAACUUAUGGAGGAUGUGGAGUCUGAGGCUGAAAAAUUGUUUGGUCUACCAGUUGACCAAAAAUUGAAGGCCUUACGAUCUCCAGGUGGGGGUGCAGGAUACGGUCUCCCUCAUAUAUCGCCAUUUUUUAACAAGCAUAUGUGGCAUGAAGGGUUUACUAUCAUGGGGUCUCCGAUCUAUCAUACUAGGCAACUUUGGCCCCAGGCCUAUCAAGGGUUUUGUGAGACAAUGGUUGAUUAUCAGAACCAAUUGAAGGCAUUAACCGAGCAGCUAAUCCGCAUUAUCUUCAAAUCCUUGAACAUUAAUUCUGAAGAAGUAGAUUGGCUUAAGGACUCUCAAGGAUCAAGUACUGCUUUGCAGUUAAACUCUUACCCGGCAUGCCCCGACCCAACUCGAGCCAUGGGCCUAGCGCCCCACACAGACACAUCCCUAAUAACCAUUCUCCAAUCCAAAACCAGUGGCCUCCAAGUCUUCAAAGAGGGAGCCGGGUGGAUCCUGGUGCAACCCAUACCCGGUGCCCUCAUAGUUAACGUUGGUGACUUUCUCCACAUCCUCUCCAACGGGGUGUUUACAACUGUCCGUCAUCGUGUGGUGGUCACCCAUAUUCAACGGUUCUCCGCAGCCCAUUUCUAUGCUCCUCCAGGUGAUGUUAUAGUCUCUCCAGUGAUGUCCAAGGAUUUUGGUGGAGUGCCAAGGUACCAUUCUGUAUCAGUGAAAGGGUUGAAUAUAAUAAGAUAAGAUAUGUGCAAAUUUUCUUGUUGGGGCAGAAGUUGCGUACUUAGUUGCAACUAUAAUCGCAUCAAGUCUUGUCCACAUAAUAUGUCCAAGGGAAGGCCUCAUUGAAUAAGCAGAAAUCAAUCUCGUUUUAAUUACUAAUGAUCAUCAAAUGCAUCGUCUUAAUACACGCGUUUGGUGAUACUCGGUUACAAAGUCUUAAGUUCAAAUUUCAUCUAUGACCGGUAGUUGAAUAAAAAAACACGUAUUUAACGUGUAAAGUAGUCGGUAGUAUCCAAUUUGCCAAUGUCCACUUACAUUUGUCUUCUUCAAAAGGUUCAUUGCCGUCCACCAUGGGGAUCCAAAAGAGGGUACAAUGAUAGACGACUUGAGAAAUUCACUGUCCACUUGGCUAUGUUUGUAUCAUGUUUUCUCUGGGUUUCUUUAAUGAGAUUAGACUUGGACCAAAAAAUAACUGUCCAAUUGGCUGC